GUCAGUUCAGACUCCAUUUUGAGUUGACAGAACGGAGCAGGAGGAGAAAAACUGAAGGCUGAGGCAGGACUGACUUCAGAUCAGAAGAUGAGUGAUGUGGAGGAAGAGGAGGACGGAGCAGUGUCUCUAGUAUCCGGCUGUCUGUCUAUGAAGAGUGACUUUUCCAAAGAUGAACCUCCAUUCUUCAGUAAUGAACCUGGACCCUCAGACACAAAACUGACUUCAGAUCAGAAGAUGAGUGAUGUGGAGGAAGAGGAGGACGGAGCAGAGUCUCUAGUAUCAGGCUGUCUGUCUAUGAAGAGUGACUUUUCCAAAGACGAACCUCCAUUCUUCAGUAAUGAACCUGGACCCUCAGACACAAAACUGACUUCAGAUCAGAAGAUGAGUGAUGUGGAGGAAGAGGAGGAUGGAGCACAGUCUCUAGUAUCAGGCUGUCUGUCUAUGAAGAGUGACUUUUCCAAAGACGAACCUCCAUUCUUCAGUAAAGAACCUGGACCCUCAGACACAAAAGAGAGGAAGAUGAGUGAUGUCUCUGAGGAGGAGCAGCCGUCCAGAUCCAGAACCAGAGCUGGACUGCAGUCAGCCGGUCAGACCUGCACUGUACAAAUGAAUGGUGGUCAGUGUGAAUAUAAGAACCGUCUGAAGACGACAUGUGAAUGUGUGACUGAAGGAACUGAUACAAGAAGUGAAACUCCAUUCAACAGGAUCUACACUGGUGUCUACAUCACAGAGGGAUGGAGUGAAGAAGUUAACACCCAACAUGAGGUUUGGCAGCUUGAGUCAGCUUCCAAGAUGGAGACCUUCCAUAAAACUCCAAUCAAGUGCAGUGACAUCUUUAGAGUCUUACCUGAUCAACAAAAACACAUCAGAAUCGUUCUGACUAUCGGUGUCGCUGGCGUUGGAAAAACCUUCCUAGUGCAGAAGUUCUCUCUGGACUGGGCCGAGGGUUUGGAAAACCAAGAUAUCAGUCUGGUGAUCCCUCUUUCGUUCAGGGAGCUGCACUUGAUCAAAGAUGAGCAGUACAGUCUUCUGGAGCUGCUCAGAGUUUUCCAUCCAACGUUGCAGAAGGUCACAGCAGAGCAGCUCGCUGGCUCUAAAGUUCUCUUCAUCUUCGACGGCCUGGAUGAAAGCAGACUUUCACUGGAUUUCAUCAACAAUGAGGUUGUGUCUGAUGUCACACAGAAGUCAUCGGUCAACGCGCUGUUGACAAACCUCAUCGAGGGGAAGCUGCUUCCCUCGGCCCUCGUCUGGAUAACUUCUCGACCUGCGGCAGCCAAUCAGAUCCCUCCUGCGUGUGUUGACAGGGUAACAGAAGUACGAGGCUUCACUGACGACCAGAAGGAGGAGUACUUCAGGAAGAGAGUCAGUGAUGAAGAGCUGUCCAGCAGAAUCAUCUCCCACAUCAAGACAUCCAGGAGCCUCCACAUCAUGUGUCUGAUCCCAGUCUUCUGUUGGAUCACUGCUACAGUUCUGGACCACAUGUUGGCUACAGACCAGAGAGGAGAGCUGCCCAAGACCCUGACUGACAUGUACUCACACUUCCUGCUGGUUCAGACAAAGAGGAAGAAGCAGAAGUAUGCAGAGGGACAUGAGACGAGUCCACAGGAGCUGAUGGAGGCUGACAGGGAAGUUCUUCUGAAGCUGGGGAGGCUGGCGUUUGAACAGCUGGAGAAAGGAAACAUCAUGUUCUACCAAGAAGACCUGGAGCGCUGUGGUCUGGAUGUCACAGAGGCCUCGCUGUACUCAGGAGUUUGUACAGAGAUCUUAAAAAGGGAGAGUGUGAUCUUCCAGAAAACAGUCUACUGCUUUGUUCAUCUGAGCGUUCAGGAGUUUCUGGCUGCAGUCUAUUUCUACCACUGUUACACCAACAGCAACUCGGAGGUACUGAAGGACUUCCUGGAGAAAGACCAGAACAGUGACUCAUUUCAGUAUCUAUCCCUGACUGAGGAUGAUGAUGAUGACAUUGACUCAUCUCUGGAUGUCUUCCUGAAGAGAGCCAUGGAGAAAUCCCUUGAAAGUAAGAAUGGCCACCUGGACCUGUUUGUCCGCUUCCUUCAUGGCCUCUCUCUGGAGUCCAACCAGGGACUCUUAGGAGGCCUGCUGGGUCAGACAGACAACAGUCCAGAAAUCAUCCAGAGAGCCAUCAACAACCUGAAGGAAAUGAGCAGUUAUUAUAGUUCUCCUGACAGAAGCAUCAACAUCUUCCACUGUCUGACGGAGAUGAACGACCACUCAGUCCAUCAGGAGAUCCAAGAGUUCCUGAAGUCCGAGAACAGAUCAGAGAAGAAACUCUCUGAUAUCCACUGCUCAGCUCUGGCCUACAUGCUGCAGAUGUCAGAGGAGGUUCUGGAUGAGUUGGACCUGAGGAAGUACAGCACAUCAGCGGAGGGACGACUGAGACUGAUUCCAGCUGUGAGGAACUGCAGAAAGGCUCUACUUUCUGACUGUGUACUCUCUGAGAAUCACUGUGAAGUUGUGGCCUCAGCUCUGAAGUCCAACCCCUCCCAUCUGAGAGAGCUAGACCUGAGUUUUAACAGGUACAUGAAAGAGUCAGGAGUGGAGCGGCUGCAGGCUGGAUUGAAGAGUCCACACUGUAUACUGGAGAUUCUGAGAUUGACUUACUGCGAGCUGUCCGAUAUCAGCUUUGCGUAUCUAACCUCAGCUCUGAAGGCCAACCCCUCCCAUCUAAGAGAGCUGGAACUGACAGGAAACAGGCUGCAUGAUUUAGGAGUAAAGCAGCUGUGUCAUUUUCUGGAGAGUCCACUCUGUAGACUGGAGACUCUGAGAUUGUGGAGCUGCAGUGUGUCAGAGAUUGGCUGUGCUUCUCUGGCCUCAGCUCUGAAGUCCAACCCUUCCCAUCUGAGAGAGCUGGAGCUGAGUAACAACAAGCUGCAGGAUUCAGGAGUGAAGCUGCUGUCUGAUCUUCUGGAGAAUCCAGACUGUAGACUGAAAGCUCUUAGAUUGAGGGGCUGUGGUUUGUCAGAUAUCAGCUGUUCUUAUCUGACCUCAGCGCUGAACUCCAACCCCUCCCAUCUGAGAGAGCUGGAGCUGGGCUCCAACAAGCUGCAGGAUUCAGGAGUGAAGCAACUGUGUGGUUUUCUGGAGGGUCCAUCUUGUAGACUGGAGUGUCUGAGAUUGUGGGAGUGCAGUUUGUCAGCGAUCAGCUGUGCUUCUCUGGCCUCAGCUCUGAAGUCCAACCCCUCCCAUCUGAGGGAGCUGGACCUGGGCGACAACAAGUUGAAGGAUUCAGAAGUGAAGCUGCUGUCUGAUCUAAAGGAGAGUCCAAACUGUAGACUGGAGACUCUGGAAUGGAAGUGAUCUCAGUGAUUUAAAAGUUGGAUGUGUUGAGACACAAUGUGGAGUCCACCAUCCUCCCUGUGUGUUCCUCUGGAUCUGACAGAGUAUCAUCAGUGUAUCUGGACUGCUCUGCUGUUGCUCUGUCCUUCUACACAGUCUCUGCAGACACACUGAAACUCCUCCACUCCUUCUGCUCCACACUCAACCACCUCCUCCUCCUGGACCUGGGUUUCAGUUCCUUUUUAUUCAUUCAGAUAUUCUGAACUCAAAGUGCCCCUGCAGAUUAGUUCUGUAGAUUACAACAGCUGUAAAUUAACACAUUUAAAUGGAUAUUUCUGCUUUGCUUUCUGUUGCAGCUACACCCUUUGGAACAAUGCUGUAUUGCAGCAAAUUAUCACAUAUUUCUAGAUAACAAUGGAAGUUGAUAUUGCAUGUAUGAAGUUACCUUAUUACCACCAAUACCAGCCAUUUCUUAUAUUAUAACAUAUAUACACAUAUCUGCUUGUAACAAACAGCACCUUAAUGUUUUAUUUUGUAUAUAUUGUUUCAUGUGAACAGAUUAACAUGUAUACAAAACGAUUACAAUUUCACACAGGAAAAUAA